AUGUGGGGCCUUCGUUUGCUGGAGCUUUGCCUCGUGUUUCGCUUGGCCCAUAGCCGCAAAAAGAACCCUGGCUGGCGCGAUGGCCACUAUCCCUAUCAGGACUUGAUAUCAGAGACAGUGGCAUACUGCUACACUUCCCUCGUGCGGAAUUCGAGCUGCUGCCUCGACGGCCAUUACGCCCCUCAUGUCCGGAAGGCACUUGUGCGACGAGUGGGUGUUGGGUGGUGGUGCGGCAAGGAGUGCUACGACGACAAGAAAGGCUAUCGCGGAGAUGAUUUGCUUUGGGGCCCUCGGGGAGCGACCUGUGAAUCCCCACGACUUUUAUGGAUACAUGGAGGAAGCUGGGAGUAUGGAAGCCCUGACACAUUGUCUUAUGGCCAGCUGGCCUCUAAGCUGGCGGGUCUUUCUGGGGCCGUCGUGAUGGUCCCGGACUAUCCUCUGGCACCCCUGGGGACGUAUUCCAUUAUCAUGGGAGCUGCGCUUGACGCUCUUCGCUGGCUUGCAGAGGCACCGCUGAAGGAAUUAGGCCUCAACUGCCCACCAGGUUCAGCGCCUUUGCUGGUGGGAGGUGACUCUGCAGGUGGUGGCACAGCAGUCUCAUUGACCUUGAAGCUGAAGAAGGACGGAGGCUGGAGUCCAGGAGAAAACACACAGUCGAGGCCAGAGGAGCUGCCCGGUGGUCAGAUUCUCGCCGGAGCGAUUUUUUUCAGUCCUUGGACCAACUUGAAGUGUGACACGCCAGACUACUAUUACAAUGCUUUCGCAAAGAUUGUUGACAAGAAGGCUUUCAAGGAUCCAGAUUCAGGAGUGGCCUAUGUGGGCGACCUGAUGUUUCGUGGCCAUCCUGAGGAGAACUUGGAUGAGUUCACAGCAAAUGCAAAGAGCUAUGUGGGGGAUGAUCAUAGCUUGCUCACGGAUCCAGUGGCCUCGCCCUUCUUUGCAACAGUGACAGAGCUGGGAGGUGGUGGCAUUCCUCCCUUGUUUUUUGCCGUUGGUGGCUCCGAGUCCAUCCUUGGAGACAGCAUGAUCUUGGCCCAGAAGGCUGCCUUCUAUGGCACCAGUGUGCAUCUGGAUGUCCACGUGGGCAUGUGGCACGACUUCCCCAUGUAUUCUGAAGGUUGUGGAAGCGGCUCACCACUUUGGCAGGCGUGA